AUGACAAGUUUCAAUCUCACUCACCUCACCCCUUCCACCUUCAUCCUGAAUGGGAUCCCUGGCCUGGAAGCAGAUCAAAUUUGGAUCUCAAUCCCAUUCUUCUCCAUGUACCUCAUUGCCAUGGUGGGAAACUGUGGCCUCCUCUACCUCAUCUGGAUUGAAGAAGCCUUGCACAGGCCCAUGUACUACUUCCUCUCCAUGCUCUCCCUCACUGACAUUGCAAUGGGCACAUCUGCAAUGCCCAAGGUGAUGUGCAUCUUCUGGUUCAAGCUGAGAGAGAUUGACUUUGAUGCCUGCCUGGUCCAGAUGUUCUUCAUUCACACAUUCACAGGGAUGGAGUCUGGCGUGCUCAUGCUCAUGGCCUUGGACCGCUACAUUGCCAUCUGCUACCCGCUGAGGUAUGGCACCAUCUUGACCAACCCAGUCAUCACUGCCAUGGGGCUGAUCACUUUCCUCAGGGGGGUCAUCCUCAUCAUGCCCUUCCCAUACUUGGCCAAGAGGCUGCCAUACUGCCACACCAAUGUCAUCCCUCACACCUACUGUGACCACAUGUCUGUGGUGAAGCUGGCCUGUGCCAGUAUCAGGGUUGAUGCCAUCUAUGGCCUCAUAGUUGCCAUGUUAAUUGGGGGCUUUGACAUCCUCUGCAUCUCAAUCUCCUACAUUAUGAUCUUCAGGGCUGUAGUUAGCCUGUCUUCCAAAGAAGCUCGUAGGAAGGCCUUUAGCACCUGCACAGCCCAUAUUUCUACUAUUACCAUCUCCUACACACCAGCUUUCUUCACUUUCUUCACACACCGUUUUGGGGGUCACAUUAUCGCACCACAUAUUCACAUCAUCAUGGCCAACCUUUACUUGCUUUUGCCCCCAAUGCUCAACCCCAUUGUAUAUGGGGUGAAGACCAAGCAGAUCCAAGAGAGUGUCAUUAAGCUAUUUAAGGGAGGAAAGGUUGGAGAAAAGUGA